CUACAAACAUGAGUUUUGUUUCUAAGUGGUGAACACCCAAAGAAGGAACCAGCCUCCGCAAGCAUGGAUGAAGGUAAAAUUGCAUUUUAAACUGUUCCACAACUGCCUCUCCUUCAUACAUCAUUGGAGCAGAAACCUGACUCUUGAGCAUUACAGCACAGGUUUUUACCACUUGAGCUAUGGGACUGACAACCCUAAUUGGUAGCAGGAGAAGACAUAUUCCCCAAGGGCUGAAAAAGGAAUAUGCUGCUGGCGCCAUGUGUUGAGCCUGGGUGUGGGGGAAGAUAACGACUUAGAAGAAAAACCAAAAGAGGCUAUGUUCAGCUUCUUUCGAAAAAGUCAGGAUUCAAAGAAGGUUACAGUGCCAGAAAGAGAAGCAGAUGGAUUUGUUAUUGUGGGUGACACAAUUGAUGAUCAAAGUAGAGAGUCAAAGGAUAAAACUUCAUUUCCAGAGACCAGACCAAUGUACAACCAACCCCCACAGAUAAAUACGGGGCACCAAUCGCAGUUGACUGUAUCAAGUGCAGAGAUGGGAAAUGAAAGGAGUCAAAAUUUGGAAAGCAGCCCUUUUAUGUCAGAUCUUCUGAGUGACGUACCCUUUGCCCUGGCACCACAUGUGUUAGCAGUACAGGGCACCCAUAAUGAUGUUCCUGACCGAUUGCUCACCUACGACAUCAAUGAUCAUUUAUCAAGAUUUUGGUAUGACUUUACACUUGAAAAUUCAGUGCUUUGUGAUCCGUAAUGUUUUCUUUAUUUUUUCUGUCUGUGUAAAGGAACAAGUCGUAAGGUAAAGAUAAAGACUUAUUUUAAUUGACUAAUAUUUGGGGUCCUGCCACUGGUAUAUCAGAUGCAUUGCAUCAAAAGGAUUAUUAUUCACAACUGUGUUAUAUUUCUUAGCUUUAAGUGAACUGUAACUUCCUAUGUCAAAUAUUAUGUUUAUUUCCAAAGAAAUCAAACAAAACUGUUUCAGCCUGAGUAGCAGACUGGCUGUUAGUAUCUACUUCUAGUAGGUAGGCUGCAGACACAAACAUUUCAUAACUUUAAGGUGAAGUCUAUGCACGUCUGCACUGUUUUGUUAUUUCACUCAGAUACUAAACACAUAGAUCCUGUUACACAUGUUAAGAUCACCUCUGUUUUUCUACAGAUAGAAACCAAUAUUAAUGCUAAAGCAAAGCUGCUUUGUACUACCGGACAGACAGCUUUUCACUUAAAUCAAGUUUUAAAACUUAGAAUUAUUUAUGAGUACUUAAAAAACUAUGAAGACUUAAUAGAAUUGGUUAAACUUACCAAUUUCAAAGUGAAAAUCUCUCCUCCCUUUCCAGUAGAUGGUAUUUUUGACCAUCUCUUUUUGUGCCUGGAGAAGUCCUCCCCGCCUGCCUGUUGGCUGCUGUUUGUUCUCAUUACCACAUGUGUUCCUGAUUUAUACACAGAUCAGCUUUUCCAUUUUAACCUCUUUGCCCCCUGAAGAAGGAAAUAUCAGGACACGUACUUUUAAUGGUCACACCCUUCUUUUUUUAAUUUGUGUGCCAGAGAUACAGAUGGCAAUGUUUAACAACAGGAAAACAUUACAUUGUUUCUUAUUCAGCUAAAUUAAAUGGCUAAGUACCUAAACAUGCAUUCUCACAGACCACUGUGUCUCCCGUUCACAAGCUUUGAGCAUGUUUUUCCCGACUAAAACCAGAGCUGCUGUUGCAUGAGCAACAGCUCUCUGAUGUAACAUCAUGAUUUGUGAUGAAUAAUGAUCUGUGUCACACAAAAGACUACACUUGUUUUCUCUCUCGGGGUAGAAUAUUUAUAUUGUGCCAAAUGUUAGUGGAUAUUUUCAUAUAUUUUCUAUGCUCUGUGAUAGCUUAAAAUACAUAUAUUUUCAGACUUGCAUCCUCUCACAGUAUUUGAGAUAAAUACUAUAACUGAUGGAGAGAUUACAUUGUGAAUAUGUCUUAGAUUGUUACUCAUGUUUCAGAUUUUUUAAAUGUAUGUAUUUAAUAUUGUUGACAGCUAUGUUCAUAAAUGUUUUGAAGUUAUUGUUUCAGGGUAAGUAUCUGUGCUGCACUCCAAUAAAAAAAUGCUGAAUAAGAGUGA